AUUAGGUUUUGUUUUAGGUUUCAAGCACAUAUAAAACCGUUUGAGCUAUUUUCUGAAACAUACCAACCACACAAACACAAAACAUCUCAAGAUUUGAGAUGGAGUUUACAAGAGACGAAGCUUUUGAUCGCGCCCUACUCAGAGACAUUAAAGACAGGGUCUUUUAUUUCUUGAAAAAAGCAUAUGGGAUUGUGAAUGAUCCUUCAACAGAUUCAAUGAUAUCGUGGGGUCCCAAUGGCAACAGUCUCAUAGUGCAUAGACCUCUUCCCCUAGAAUAUACCGAAUCCUUUCUUUUCCACUCGGGAGCUCUAAGCAUGGAGAGAUUUGUAGCUUAUGGUUUUACGAUGACUGUCUCUGGAUCACAAGUGGAAUAUGCAAAUGAUGAUUUUGUGAGAGGUCAACCCCAACGUUUAGAAAAGAUAUGCGACCCCUUUGUGGCAAGGGUGAAACAACAUAGAGAGUUGCGGUUAAAACAAGAUAAUGAUCGAAAGCGCCACUGGGAAGAGAUCCGUAGUUAUGGGAUGGUAGUUGAAAUCUUCAAACAUAUAUAUUCAGUGGUAGAUGAUCCUGCAACAAACUCAUUCAUCUCGUGGGGACCCAAUGGCAAGAGUUUCAUAGUGUUGGAUCCUCAAAGAUGUGCCUGUUAUUGUUUCCCCUACAAUUUACUUGAAGAAUGUGGCUUUACAAAAACAGUGUCUGGAUCACAAAUGGAAUUUGCAAGUGAAAAUUUUGUGGCAGGCAAACCCGAGCUUAUAAAGAAGAUAAGUGAAAAGCAUAAGCCAGCGAUGAUUGCAUAUACUAAGAAAUUUAGGGAGUGGAUGGAGGCUUUUAGUCGAAAUCCUGCCAUGGAGAAGAGGACUGAUUACGUUUUGCAAGCAAGCUCUCCAUGACUAAUGAAUAUUAAGCAAAAACUGGGACUCGAUUCUCAGCAGUGCCGUCCCAUUUCUUAUUCGAAUCAAAAACUUACUCUAUUCGAAUCUGACAUUUAAUUUUCUUUCUAGUUUAAUAAUGAAUAAAACUAAUUAUAAGUUAAUCUUAAGACUA